AUGCAAGACGACAGCCUAGAAGCUUCUACUUCCAUAUCUCAACUUCUAAGAGAGAGCUAUUUAGCAGAAACUAGACAUCGGGGAAACAAUGAGAGGAGUCGAGCAGAACCUUCCUCCAACACUUUCCAUUUUGGCAAUCCUUCUGGAGCUGCUGAAGGAGGAGGUCAAGAUGACCUUCCAGAUCUCUCAGCCUUCUUGAGCCAAGAAGAAUUAGAUGAAAGUGUCAAUCUGGCAAGAUUGGCCAUCAAUCACGACCCUUUGGAGAAAGCAGAUGAAGCUCAAGCUAGAAAACAUCUUUCAUCUGAUCAAAUGAAACACUCACCUAAAUCAAGUUUUGACCCCAACUUCUGUCAGGAUAACUCUCAAGGUCCUACCAGCUCUGAAGAGAGCCCCCAGGAGGCAAAAAGGCCACAGUAUAGUUCUGAAACCCAGUCCAAAAAAGUAUUCUUAAAUAAGGCUGCCGAUUUCAUUGAAGAGCUGUCCUCCCUUUUCAAAGCCCAUAGCUCCAAAAGGAUUAGACCUCGCACCUGCAAAAACCACAAGAGUAAAUUGGAAUCUCAAAACAAACUUAUGCAGGAAAAUAGCUCCAGUUUGUCAGAUAUCUCAGAAAGAAGAGAAAGAUCUUCUGUUCCCAUCCCUAUCCCUGCAGAUACUAGGGAUAAUGAAGUGAAUCAUGCCCUUGAAAGGCAGGAAGCUAAGAGGCGCGAAGCUGAGCAGGCUGCAGGUGGAGACACCACCCCCGAGUCUUCACCUUCAUCUUUGUACUAUGAAGAACCUCUGGGGCAACCUCCUCGGUUCACUCAAAAGUUACGGAGCAGAGAAGUUCCAGAAGGAACCAGAGUACAGUUGGAUUGCAUAGUGGUAGGAAUUCCACCACCUCAAGUAAGGUGGUACUGUGAAGGCAAGGAGCUUGAAAAUUCCCCAGACAUUCAUAUUGUCCAGGCAGGAAAUCUGCACUCACUGACCAUUGCUGAAGCCUUUGAAGAAGACACAGGACGCUAUUCCUGCUUUGCUUCUAACAUCUAUGGGACAGAUUCAACCUCUGCUGAGAUUUAUAUAGAAGGGGUUUCUUCUUCUGACUCAGAAGAGGACCCUAACAAGGAAGAGAUGAAUCGAAUCCAGAAGCCAAAAGAGGUGUCAUCUACUCCCACUACUUCUGCAGCCAUUCCUUCAGCAGCACCCCAAGCCCAGCAUGUGGUGGCCCAGCCCAGGGUGACAACCAUCCAACAGUGUCAGAGCCCCACCAACUAUCUGCAAGGAUUGGAUGGAAAACCGAUCAUUGCAGCUCCUGUGUUUACAAAGAUGUUACAAAAUUUAUCAGCCUCUGAAGGUCAGCUGGUUGUCUUUGAAUGCAGAGUAAAAGGAGCUCCAUCUCCUAAAGUUGAGUGGUAUAGAGAAGGGACCUUGAUAGAAGAUUCUCCAGAUUUUAGAAUUUUACAGAAAAAACCUCGAUCCAUGGCAGAACCAGAGGAGAUUUGUACUUUGGUCAUUGCUGAGGUGUUUGCAGAAGACUCUGGAUGCUUCACGUGUACUGCAAGCAACAAAUACGGCACAGUGUCAAGCAUUGCACAGCUCGAUGUGAGAGGAAAUGAAGACCUCAGAAAUAAUGGGUCUCUUCACUCAGCCAAUUCCACCACCAACCUGGCUGUUACUGAGCAACAACCAUCCCCACCCAACCCAGAGCCCCCUUCUGUGGAACAUCCCCCUAAACCCAAACUCGAAGGAGUUCUGGUGAACCACAAUGAGCCCCGGUCCAGCUCAAGGAUUGGGCUCCGUGUGCACUUCAACCUGCCUGAAGAUGACAAAGGAAGUGAAGCAUCUUCUGAGGGUGGUGUGGUGACCACCAACCAGACCAGGCCUGAUUCUUUCCCAGAGAGAUUCAAUGGACAGGCAGCAAGAAUCCCUGAGCCUUCUUCACCCGUCAAAGAACCCCCUCCAGUUCUGGCCAAACCCAAACUUGAUUCCAGUCAGCUGCAACAGCUUCACAACCAAGUCUUACUGGAACAACAGCAGUUGCAAAACCCAUCUCCUUCCUCUCCCAAGGAGUUUCCUUUCAACAUGAGUGUUUUGAACUCCACUGCUUCCCCGGCAGUGACAAUGUCCAGCAAGCAGGUGAAGGCCCCUUCAUCACAGACGUUCAGCUUGGCCCGGCCAAAGCAUUUCUUCCCCUCUUCAAAUACAACCGCAGCAACCGUGUCCCCUUGCAGCUCUCCAGUGUUCACCCUGAGCAGCACUCCUCAAACCAUUCAGAGGACAGUGAGCAAAGAGAGCCUCUUAGUUUCCCACCCCUCCGUGCAAAACAAGUCUCUAGGAGGAGUCUCCUUCCAAAACGAGCCACCCCCUCCAGCUCCAGCAGAGCCAGCGCCAUCGCCACUCACAUUUGCCAUCUCCAGUGGAAACCAGUUUCAGCCCCGCUGUGUUUCCCCAGCUCCUGUCUCUCCCACCAGCCGGAUUCAGAACCCAGUGGCUUUCCUCAGCUCCGUUCUUCCUUCUCUCCCCGCCAUCCCACCCACCAAUGCCAUGGGGCUGCCCAGAAGCGCACCAUCCGUGCCAUCCCAGGGACUAAUGAAGAAAAACACAAAGUCUCCUCAACCGCUGAAUGAUGAUUACGUUCGUGAAACUAAGAAUGCGGUGAUCCUAGACUUGGGGAAAAAAAUGAAUUUCAGUGAUGUCAGAUCAAACCAGCAGGAGUACAAAAUUUCAAGCUUUGAGCAGAGGCUGAUGAAUGAAAUAGAGUUUCGCUUGGAACGUACCCCUGUUGAUGAGUCAGAUGAUGAAGUCCAACAUGACGAGAUCCCCACGGGCAAGUGUAUUGCUCCCAUCUUUGACAAAAGACUCAAGCAUUUCCGGGUUACAGAAGGCUCUCCAGUGACAUUUACCUCCAAAAUUGUUGGGAUUCCUGUUCCAAAGGUUUACUGGUUCAAAGAUGGGAAGCAGAUUUCAAAGAGAAAUGAGCACUGCAAAAUGAGGCGAGAAGGAGAUGGGACAUGCUCUCUGCACAUCGACUCCACCACCAGUGAUGACGAUGGCAACUACACUAUCAUGGCUGCCAACCCCCAGGGGAGAAUCAGCUGUUCUGGCCACUUGAUGGUACAAAGUUUGCCCAUUCGCAGUCGACUAACAUCCGCUGGUCAGUCUCACAGAGGAAGGUCCCGAAUACAAGAAAGAGACAAAGAGCCCCUACAGGAACGGUUUUUCCGACCACAUUUCCUGCAGGCUUCUGGGGAUAUGGUAGCUCACGAGGGGCGCCUCUGUCGGCUGGACUGUAAGGUGAGUGGCUUACCGCCCCCAGAGCUGACGUGGCUGCUCAAUGGCCAACCGGUGCUACCAGAUGCCUCGCACAAGAUGUUGGUCAGGGAGACUGGAGUCCACUCUCUGCUCAUUGACCCGCUCACUCAACGUGACGCGGGGACCUAUACAUGCGUUGCUACCAACAAAACUGGACAGAAUUCCUUUAGUCUGGAGCUCACUGUAGUAGCCAAAGAGGUGAAGAAAGCCCCUGUGAUUCUGGAGAAACUGCAGAACAGCGGAGUUCCCGAAGGCCACCCAGUGAGGCUGGAGUGCCGGGUGAUAGGCAUGCCGCCGCCCGUGUUCUACUGGAAGAAGGACAAUGAGACCAUCCCUUCCACCCGAGAGAGGAUCAGUAUGCACCAGGACACAACAGGGUAUGUCUGCCUCCUCAUUCAGCCAGCCAAGAAAUCUGACGCUGGAUGGUACACGUUGUCAGCCAAGAAUGAAGCCGGCAUCGUGUCGUGCACCGCGAGGUUGGAUAUAUACGCUCAGUGGCACCAGCAGAUCCCACCGCCCAUGUCCAUCCGGCCCAGUGGCAGUCGCUACGGAUCUCUCACCAGUAAAGGACUUGACAUUUUCUCUGCCUUUUCCUCCAUGGAAAGCACAAUGGUGUAUUCAUGCUCUUCUCGGAGUGUAGUGGAGAGUGAUGAACUUUAG